UCUACGUGACUUUACCGAAAGAACCAAAGAAGAGGCUUACUAUAGUUAAGCAGACCUUGUAGGUGCGUUUCUGGUAAUAGUUUUACGCCAAAUUAAUAGGUGUCCCUUAUGUGUGCCGUGUGGGUGGGGGCGGUGGCACGGUGGUUAGGUCCCUUGUGCUCUGAAACCAGCGACCUGACUUGGGUCCUGGCCUACGGCGAAUAUCAGUGGCGAGCGAUAUCUGAACCGGUCCUGGGCUCUCUCCAACCUUCAUCAACCCGCACUGACCGGCGUGGUGAAGUAUGGUCAAACGACCCUCACGACCUACAAAGCUGCAGGACUUCAUAUUCUUUGGAUCUUUCGGUAAAGUAACGUAGAUAGAAAAAAAUAAAAGAAAAACUACGACGUUUCCAUCACAACACAAGCGAUCGUCAUCAGGAGGAAAAGGGGGGUAAGGCCGCUGAAGGCUAAGCUGUUUUAAAGGUUUAAAAAUGGGCGUGGCACAAGCGUCCUGGUCUCAGAACGAAGUGGGCGGGGCUGUACAUUAGAAUUGUUGUUAUUUGUGCGUGCAAUAUUAUCAACAACACUGGGUUGAGAUGUUGCUCAUGUUCAGCUGCUAGCCACAAGGGUCGAUGUGAGGCCUGAAACCUGUGAGCCCUUUGGUUUCACAAUGUCAUGAGCAACUUGAGCUGCUGUGUUGCGUGCUUUUCAAUGCGAUCUCACACCAAAACAUUCAGGCGUUGUGUUUAUCGCUCAGCCGAGUUAAAUGGGCUGACUGAGCAUUUUUGUAGCUCUCUUAUCGUGUUCUGUGUUUACAGAGCUCCUUAGCUCAAGACGCUCUAUAAAUAUAACCAGAAUGUAUAACUACAUUCUGGUUAACGUCCAAGAUUUGGAUAUGAAAUGAACGUACACUUGAGGUGGCCUGUGUCAGAGUGCUCUGUGCAGUCAGUGUUGAGAUCAGAGGAUUGAGUAAUGGGUGAUCUCAUGUGUAGUGAGCUCAUAGUGUCUGUCUGGUUACCAAUAACCUCACAGUGUUCACUUAAGCGGGCUCGUCGAAGGGACUCUAAACGGAAAAGUGUGUCCGCAUGAAGUGCAGUACAGUAUACGUUUUGAUUUUCUAGUUCAUCAAGCUAUUCUCCUUGCAGACUCGUGUUGUAUAACGGCGUCUGUUUAAGCAAGCCUCACUGAUGAUUUGAGACCCAGACGGUAAGACCAUUCCAGCAUUUGCCUGCUUAAACAAACUCUGUUAUGAAACAUUGGUCUGGAAGGUCCAUGAGCUGAUAAAAAAGGGGGGAACAUAUUUUUAUGCAGCUAGUUGCACUUUUGACUUUUUUUUUGGAACGCACAAUGUCCUGUAACUUUGUGUAAGGAGUUCCGAAGGCUAUAAACUGGAAGAGCAAUGCACGACCAACACCCCUGUGUUUAAUGCAGGAUUACGGGGUCUGGUGUGGUGGUGGAUAAUUGCGAUCGGUUGGGAAUAAUUAACGAAUAUUAGGGGAGGGCAUUUACCCUCGCUGCUCUUUGAUUACUAUGCCCAUGGCCAAAUUUAGUGCAAAUUACAAAUGCGGAGCGUUUGAGAGGCACGCUACCGUACCCUUAGGAUUUUAAUUCUUCACUUUUCUAAAACUAAUAUCCUAAAAUCCCAACUAGGUUCAAUAGACAUGUCAUAUAUUUUAUAUAUAAUAAAAACCCACAAAACCUCUCAGUCCGCUUGUCACCAGGAUAAGCGGACUGAGAAACGAACGAACGCACGUUUAUUUAAGCCUAUACAACAAAGACGUCCAAUGAUUUCAACUGAGACUUCCCAGAAUGCCGAGUCUUCCUCCCCCACCCACCCACCCACCCCUAUAGUUUGCACUCCCUCACUGUAAGCCCCAAAAUUAUGCUAUUCAUCUUGGGGUUUCGCCUCUCUUUCCAGCGGCUGCUUAAUGCUUGCUUAAGUUCCAUUGGCUCGCAUCUGGCUGCCCUAGCGGCAGUUGAGGUGGAGUUGGGGAGGUCCCCUUCCUCGCGUGCAGGGCUCUCGCUCCUAACUCCCUGACGCCGGCUCAUUGUGCCAAAUUCGAAGAGAAGUUUUCCACGCUCGCGUUGACACCGGUUGUGCAGUCUCAGAGCACCGGGAAAUUUGUUUAAAAAAAACCCCAAAAAUCCAACGCUUAUAGCCCUUCGCUUGCAUGAGAGACGCAUCACCUGAUGUUCUGUGGAGGGGGGUUUUUGUGUAAUUUGUAAAGUGAGGUUGGAGGGCACUGCUGGGAUUGUCACCUGCACAUCAAGGCGAAAGACCGAACCGCGUCAACAUCUCAAACGACGGAUAUCGCCUGCACCGACAAUCAAUCUGCCUCCAGGAGUGAACCAAGUAUUUCGUGACGCGCAAACACCCUCCACCGCUGUGGUUUAAUUUUGGUUUUGCUGCGUGCCCAAAGGAACACGACCACCGAGACUGCAACCUCGACAUUUCAUCGGCCACAUUCCUGCAGAGGCCGUGAGGCAGGAAGAAGACGUGAUAGAUGAUGGGUCACCUGUCCUCUCCGCCCUCAACGUCCGCCAGAGGUCCCGUGGUGCGGCGCGUGGUGAAGCUGCUGAGGCGGUACCGCUCGGCGGCGGCCGUCACCCUGCUCAUCCUCGUGGCGCAGAGCGUGGCCGUGUGGAGGUUCGGCAGCGUGCAGGAGCUGGGGCACCCGCAGCAGCCGUGGGGGGGCAGAGGCGGGCGGCGCGGCCGUGCGCAGCUGCCGGACGCCGACGAGCUGCUUCCACGUAGCCACGACUACAACGCUUUGUAUCUACCAAAUGAACGUUUCAAGAGCAAUAUCAAAGAAAACGUUAAACAGUUAAAGAACAUGUCUUCGUUGGAGACAAAGUACUCCUCGUGGCAAAACCUGGGAAAUGAGAUUGCUGUGAAAAAUGAGAUUGAAAAGAAAAUAUCGCGGAACGCUCUAGCAGCGAACGGCAUCGCGCGUAAGGGGAACACCUCGAGCAAGCUGUGGAGUCAGCACCAUCAGAAAAGCCUUGGCAGCAUACACGGCAUGAAAGCUUCUAGAUUUUUACAAAAGGAUAUCAAGACUCACGGCGGCUUGACGUCGAACAACAUCAAGGCGGUAAUGGUCGGCGGAAAUUCGUUGCGACAAAACAGGGCUAAAACCAAGGCUUCAACUGACGAGUCGCAGGCUUUCCCGCAGCCAAUCUCCGCCACUCCGUGCAAGAUCGUCGAAGCAGACGCCCUGUCGGCGAUGUCCCGGGCACAGAGCCGGCAGUGCAAGGAGGAGCUGGCCGCUGUCGUCUGCCUCCACCAACAAGGACGCCUCAUGCCCGAGGAGUUGCCGCGAACGUGUCCUCUUAAAGAGAAGAAGCCUGGGGUCAGCGUGCAGUGGCUGCAGGAGGAGGCGGCUCGCGCGGCGCUCCCGGCGGAGAGGGGGAGGCCGGCAGCGGCGGGGGAGGCAGCCACCUCGUCCCCGGUCCGCGUCGCCUUCGUGCUCGCGGUGCACGGGCGCGCCUCCCGGCAGCUGCUGCAGAUGUUCCGCGCGAUCUACCACGCGUCGCACUUCUACUACAUCCAUGUGGACAAGCGUUCGAAUUACCUCUACAAGCAGGUGCUGGUACUUGCCCAGCGCUACGAGAACGUCCGCGUGACGUCCUGGCGCAUGUCGACCAUCUGGGGGGGCGCCAGCCUCCUCACCAUGUACCUUCGCGCCAUGUCUGAUCUGAUGGCCAUGGACGACUGGCCGUGGGACUUUUUCAUCAACCUCAGUGGCUCCGACUACCCAAUUCGAAGCAAUAAUGAACUGGUCGCCUUCCUCACCAAAUACAAAGACAAGAAUUUCCUUAAAUCUCAUGGCCGAGAAACUGAAAAGUUCAUUAAAAAACAGGGCCUGAACAGAGUGUUCCACGAAUGCGAUGAACACAUGUGGCGCGUAGGAGAACGCAAAAUGCCGGCAGGGAUUGCCAUCGAUGGCGGCUCGGACUGGUUUGCGGUCACCCGCCAAUUUGUGUCCUACAUCAUUCACUCCAAAUCCCGCCUGGUGUCUCAGCUCAAACAGUUCUACGCCUUCGCCCUGUUACCAGCAGAGUCGUUCUUCCACACCUUGCUGGUGAACAGCGAGCACUGUGCCACACUGGUUGACAACAACCUGCGCAUGACGAACUGGAAUAGAAAGUUGGGCUGCAAGUGCCAGUACAAACACAUUGUGGACUGGUGUGGCUGUUCCCCAAACGAUUUCAAGAUGCACGACUUGCCAAGAUUCCAGCAACUUACACGCCCGACAUUUUUUGCCCGUAAAUUUGAGGCAGUGGUGAGCCAGGGGGUGCUCACGAGUUUGGACGCGGCUCUGUUCGGAGGGCCGCCGCCGCCCAGCGGACCGUCUCUGCAGGCCUACUGGGAAAAUGCGUACGACGAGAGGACGGACUCGUCGGCAUCACUCGGCGACGCCGCCCUCACGAUCUACCAGGGCCUCUUCCGCCUCGGCCUCGCUCAAAACGCGCACCAAACGCCACGAUCCGGCAGCAGCCUGUGCAGCUACGAGCCAGUGGGGCAUCCCACAGCUGCCCACAUUUACUUCUCAGCCGACCGAUUCCAGGGUAUCUUGGUGCAGCAGAGAGCGUCACACUCAGCCUCCCGCCACGAGGAAGUUCUGGAAACCUGGGCGUACCCAAGCAACCACUACAAAGUGUACAACUCCACUCUGUUACCCCGGCUGCAGAAGAUGGAGGUGGGGACAGACUGGGACCCCAAGGAAAGGGUUUUCAGAAACUUUGGGGGGCUGCUGGGCCCGUGGGAGCAGCCCGUGGCCGUGCAGCACUGGGUACCGGGGGCUAACGUCACCGUGACGGUGGUGUGGCUGGACCCCGCCGGCGUGAUCGCCGCUUCGUACGACGCUCCCGUGCGCGGGGACCUGCUCGUGACCCUGUACCGACCCCCGCUGCGGCUGCCUCUCCGACCAGGGGCCUGGUCCGUCCGCCUGCUCGUUCGCUGGCGCCCCGUGGCGGAGGUGUUGUUCAUGGUUUGCCCGUUGGCUUUCUUGGACGGGCAACCGAUGACGAAAGAGAAAGCUGCCUAUGCGCACAUGGGCCCUCCGCAGAACAAAUAUUUGGAGCAGAGCUUUCAAGGUCUCAGGAGAGUGCUGAAACUUCCAGUCGAAAACACAGGGCAACAGGAAGCUAACGAACAUGCCUUACUCACAGACAAGGCCCUUUGGGCCUGGAUUGAGAACCUAAUUUCGCGAUUUUGGGUGCUGGCCGACACCUGCUCUGUUUCUGAGAGCUCUGUCCGACUGGGUUGCCAAUCGUUGCCUCCCUGCAGACAAUCGGUGUGGAGCUCCCAUUAUCCUGAUCCAAAAUCUGAACUUGGACCUGUCCAGUUGAAUGGCACCAUCAGACAUUAGCCCGGCCGCACAGCAGCG